AUGGAGCAAGAGAAAGAACUGCUGGUCUCAGAUUCUAAAGGCUUCAAGGAGGGAAAGAGUUUGAAAAGCUCUUAUGCAGGAGAUGAGAGUAAGAAUAUUUUGGAAACUGCUCAACACAAUAACCUUAAGGCCAAUAAGCUUAAAGAGAAACCCUCAAAAUGGUCUAAGAGAGAUGUCCUACAAAAUUCUAAGCAUGAGGAUGCACAAGAAACUCUAUUGGCAUUGUCCAAAGGAGAUGAGAUUUGGUGUCAUGAUUCCUUUGAGAAUGAUGGCAAGUCAGAGAGUCAGUGGGAAAAUUCUAUAGGAAAAGAGGAGGGAAAAUCCAAUCAUUGGGAAUGGGACCUAGAAGAACAUGCCAAUUUCUCCCUCCAGCAGAAUACAUCCUCUGGAGACAAACCCUACAAAUGUCCUGAAUGUUGGAAAAGCUUCAAUAAUAGUUCUCAUUUGCGUAUUCACCAGAGGACCCACUCAGGAGAAAAACCUUAUAAAUGCUCUGAGUGUGGAAAAUGUUUUAGUAACAGCUCUCACCUGAUGCAGCAUCUGAGAACACACACAGGAGAGAAGCCCUACCAGUGUGGUGAAUGUGGGAAAAGCUUCAGUAAUACUUCCCAUCUUAUUAUCCAUGAGAGAACUCACACAGGAGAGAAACCCUAUAAAUGUCCUGAGUGUGGGAAGCGUUUCAGUAGCAGCUCUCACCUUAUUCAGCAUCACAGAUCACAUACAGGUGAAAAACCAUAUGAAUGUCCUAUAUGUGGGAAAUGUUUCAGCCACAGCUAUGUCCUGAUAGAACAUCAGAGGACUCACACUGGAGAAAAGCCUUAUAAGUGCCCUGAUUGUGGGAAGAGUUUUAGUCAGAGUUCCAGCCUGAUUCGCCACCAGCGGACACACACAGGAGAGAAGCCUUACAAAUGUCUUGAGUGUGGAAAAAGCUUUGGUUGUAAUUCUACUCUAAUAAAGCAUCAACGAAUACAUACAGGAGAAAAACCCUACCAGUGCCCAGAAUGUGGAAAGAAUUUUAGUCGAAGUUCAAACCUUACUACACACCAGAAAACACACAUAAGAGAGAAUUCCUAUGGAAGUUCUGAAUGUGAAGAAAGUUUGAGUCAGAACUGUGAUAUGAUGGAAGAAUGCAGAAUCCAGCCAGGAGAGAAACCAUAUAAAUGUUGUGAGUGUGGGAAGAGUUUUAGCCUUAGCUCCCAUCUUAUUAGACAUCAGAGAACACAUACAGGAGAGAAACCUUACAGAUGUUCUGAGUGCUGGAAAACUUUUAGUCAGAGUUCCACCCUGGUGAUUCACCAAAGGACGCACACAGGAGAAAAGCCUUAUAAAUGCCCUGAUUGUGGUGAAUGCUUCAGUCAAAGCUUUAACCUAAUCAGGCACCGGAGGACCCACAUAGGAGAAAAACCUUACAAAUGUGCUGAGUGUGAGAAAUGCUUCAGCAGAAGUGCCUACCUCAAUCACCAUCGGAAAAUUCACAUAGAAAAGUCUUUGGAGUCUCUUGAAGCUGAGAAUUUUCUGCAUGAAUGGACCUGGAAAAACUGA